UGACGCUCGUGUACAUUUACUUCACGAACAAACGGCCUCAGCGUAUAUACCAUGGACGCAGUCGAACGCGAAAACGAGGCGCGCCAGAAGAGAUGGAUCAAGGACAAGAAGGUCGGGGAGGGUAUGUACGCCGUGGUAUACCAAGGACGAGAAGCGGCUAGUAAAAGACGAUGCGCCAUAAAGAAGAUUAAGGUCGGACAAUUCAAAGACGGCCUGGACAUGUCCGCCAUACGCGAAGUGAAGUACUUGCGCGAGCUGAAACACGUCAAUGUUAUUGAGCUCUUGGACGUCUUCUCGUCAAAAUCGAAUUUGAACCUGGUCCUCGAGUUCCUCGACUCCGACCUCGAGAUGAUCAUCAAGGACCGUAAUCUGGUCUUCCUCCCAGCUGAUAUCAAGAGCUGGAUCGCUAUGACCUUCCGAGGCCUGGAGUACUGUCAUAGGAAUUGGAUCCUCCAUCGCGAUCUGAAGCCCAACAACUUGCUCAUCGCCUCCGAUGGACAGCUCAAACUUGCCGAUUUCGGUCUCGCGCGCGACUUCGCCGACCCCGGGCACAGAAUGACCUGCCAGGUCAUCACUCGCUGGUAUCGCCCACCCGAGCUGCUCUUUGGUGCGCGCUACUAUAGCAGUGCGGUGGAUAUCUGGUCGGUGGGGUGCAUCUUCGCAGAGUUGAUGUUGCGGAUACCGUACCUCCCUGGCGAGAGCGAUAUGGACCAGAUAAAGACGAUUUUCCGCGCGCUGGGCACGCCGACGGAGCAAGAGUGGCCGGGACACACGAAACUGCCAGAUUAUGUUCCAGUGGGCCAGUUCCCGAAGCCACCGAUGCGUGACCUGUUCACCGCCGCGAGCGGUGACGCGAUCAACUUGCUGGCGAGAUGCCUCACAUAUGAGCCUCGAAAACGGAUUAGUGCACGAGAGGCCCUAUUCCACCCAUACUUUACCGCACUACCCAACCCUACGCAUCCAUCCGCUCUGCCCAAGACGGAGGCGCAGCUCACCGCCCUGAAGGCAUUGGAGGAGGCAGAGGGGAAUGUGGAAAUGGCGUCGACAGGUCCUGGCGUGCGCGCGUUGCCACCCAACAGGCUGAAGCGCAAGCUGUCAACGGCGACGGACGAGGCCAAGAACCGUGCUAUCGCGCGGAAGUUGGAUUUCUCGAAGGCACCGCCUACGAGCUCACCUUGAAAUCUUUGUACUCAUCGAGUGCAAUACAGACUGGCGAGUCGACAAGGUCGACAUGGAUGGUUGGACCGCGAAGGAACGCUUGGAUGCACGGGCGCAUCCGCCGUCCCAACCUCACGAGUAAGGGGUAGUUUGAAAUUACAUGUAGCGACAGUGCUUCAAGGAGAAUAUAUAUAUUCGAGGAAAAGCCGAUGCAAACAUUGCUCGUACAAAGUUCCCAAGUGUACAGACAUGCAGAUAACAGUUGGUAGCUCAUUCUCAA